AUGACGUCGGACGCCGAACUCGGUGCUAACAUUGUCGACACGACGCACGUCCAGGACGGGUCGAUCACGGUCGCCAAGCUCGCGCGGGACUUCCGCAUCGCCAAGUUCAGCGAGCUCACAGGCUUCUCGGUCGACUUGUCCAAGAAAUCGUUUUUGGCCGCCGCCGAUGCCUUGGACGCGUAUGCCAAAUCGGCCGACGGCUGGAUCAAGCACUACAACUUGUACGAGAAGCCGUUUUGGGUCAUCUUCCGCGACGUCAUGAAGCACCUCGUCGACGGUGACGGUCGCUGCUCCAAGCUUGAAGACGGCGAGAUCGACGAGUGCCAGAACCUUGAGUGGCUCGCCACGCAGCCGCGGGUCGUUCAGGUCACGUGCGAGUGCCAGCGCAGCAACUUUUCCGUCUUCAACUGCCCGGCCAUGACGGCGUACAUGCAAAUGGAACAGGGAGCGAUCGAGUCGACGACGCUUGACGCCAAUUAAUGCGUGAACAAUACUCCAAGUCUGGAUACUUG